AUGACUACCAACUACUCGUCGAGAACGGGCGAAGCUGCAGACCCCACCAAGCAGGAAAGGCUACACCCCACAAAAAGCGAACCAGCUGAAACUCGAAGUGAUCCUUUCGCCAGCCAACGGACGCAUGACAACGAUCCAUUUGCCAGGUCUGUAUCUGCCGAGAGGGAUAGCGCCACUUCCCCAACUGCGAUUGAUAGACGUAUGAGCAAGGAAUGGGACGCAGCUAAGGUGCCCCCGUCAAGAUUCCAACGAAGGGAAGGGAGCAUUUUUUCAACAUCAAGCUCGAGGGAUAGCCAUAUAACCCGUAAGGACCGCGAUUCUGCCUACCAUGCGAAAUUAAAGGAAAAGGGCUGGGUGUAA